UUAUCUGCCUCAUUACACAAUAAAAUUUUUAAAAGUCAGAUCCUUUUUUGGAUUUACUAUCGCAGGAGGGGUGACCACAGAGAUUUCCCUCCCCCCUCACUGGCAGUGACUUGUUGUUAAAUGCUUGAACAUUGCAGAAUCCCAGAGAUUCAAGCAUGACUUGUAGAGAGUAGAACAUCUGGGCAAUCUCUGAAAAAAGUUCAGAAAGGAAUCAUCCUUGUCUCUAUUUUGUGGCCGUUUUCCCUCCUGAUCCCACAAAGCAUGUAAUCAGCAAAGGCAUUUCCUCUGCAUAGUCUUUUUGAAGGUCCGUCUUCUGAGCCACCAUGCUGGCAGAAAGCUUCAUAACUGUCUUUGCCUAUAAAGGUGAGCUUUUUGACUCCCAUCAAAGCCAGUUGCUGAAACCUGUCGGACAAGAAACUUGGCAAAGCCAGUUGGCAAAUACGGAUGAAAACAAACAGCUCUUUACGGAAUCUAAUCAGGACGCAACUGGUGGUGGGAACAUGGAUCCAAAAAGUCAUCAGCAGAUCCCUGGACAAGAUGCCCCAAGGAACAAAAUCCAGAAAAUGCCCCUGUCUGUUCCUCAGCGCUUACCAGUUCAAGAGCAGUACUAUGGGAAAGAUCUGGAUUUGUACAGAUCUUGGUCAUGCCAAAGUCUUUAUCAGAAUUAUCCCGAUCUGCAUAUUGGAGGAGAUCAUAUCGCUGAUCAUACACAAUGUGAUUCCGGCUGCUUCAUGUACCAGACUUACAACGAAUUGUCUGGUCCCGUGUUCCUGUCUACAGACCUCCCCUUAGAUGCUCCCUUCCCGUUACAGAAACCCAGGGUGCUAAAGGUGGGGCCCGGGGAUGACGUUGGGGAGAACAGCCUGGCUCCCCACAAGGAGCCCCUUUCUAACUCGUUGCUUAACAAACACAUGGAAAAGGAAAUGCAGGAACUGUAUAAACAGUUUUGGGAAGAGAAGUUGACUCACUGCAAUUCCAUCACCCACUGCCUGAUGUCGAACGGCCUGAUGAGUAACCUCGGUGAGGCCCACCACCCACUGUCUCAUGGACACCAACAAACGCUCUUGCACUCCCUGGCUCGCCUGGGCUUGCACAACACUAGCGGUGGAAACAGCAGUGAAAUUAGCACGCCGAAUUUGCAAAUCUCAUGAUUUGGCAAGAGAAAAUGUUUGUGAUGCAACGUGCAAUAAAUUCUUUAAAAACAGACAAAAGAAAUGAGACAGUCUUUGGUUAAUAGCAAUACACUUAGACUUAUAGACCACUUUACAGUGAUUUACAGC